AUGGGGGGCGGAGCCCUAUUUCUGCAGCUCCUCAGGGCCGCAGGCGUGGUGCUCUUCCCUGGGUCAGUAUGUGGCGCGCUUCUGGUCAGCUGUUUGUGCACGUUGCAAGGAAGCGCAUUCUUUCAGGACCCUGGGACCGGCCUGCCGCCUUCAUGUCUACGCUGCUCAUCAAUCAGCCCCAGUAUGCUUGGCUCAAGGAGCUGGGGCUCCGCGAGGAAAAUGAGGGCGUGUAUAACGGAAGCUGGGGAGGCCGGGGAGAGGUUAUCACCACCUAUUGUCCUGCUAACAAUGAGCCCAUAGCCAGAGUCAGACAGGCCAGCGCGGCUGACUAUGAAGAAACUGUAAAGAAAGCAAGAGAAGCUUGGAGGAUCUGGGCAGAUAUUCCUGCUCCAAAGCGAGGAGAAAUAGUGAGACAGAUCGGUGAUGCCUUGCGGGAGAAGAUCCAAGUACUAGGAAGCCUGGUGUCUUUGGAGAUGGGGAAAAUCUUGGUGGAAGGUGUGGGAGAAGUUCAAGAGUACGUGGAUAUUUGUGACUAUGCUGUUGGCUUGUCUCGGAUGAUCGGGGGACCCAUCCUGCCUUCUGAAAGACCUGGCCACGCGCUCAUCGAGCAGUGGAAUCCCGUAGGCCUGGUCGGAAUCAUCACUGCAUUCAACUUCCCCGUGGCAGUGUACGGCUGGAACAACGCCAUCGCCAUGAUCUGCGGGAAUGCCUGCCUUUGGAAAGGCGCUCCAACAACUUCACUCAUUAGUGUAGCCGUCACAAAGAUAAUAGCCAAGGUUCUGGAAGACAACAAGCUGCCUGGUGCUAUUUGUUCCUUGACUUGCGGUGGAGCGGAUAUUGGCACAGCAAUGGCCAAAGAUGAGCAGGUGAACCUGCUGUCCUUCACCGGAAGCACUCAGGUGGGAAAACAAGUGGCCCUUAUGGUACAGGAGAGGUUUGGGAGAAGUUUAUUAGAACUUGGAGGAAACAAUGCCAUUAUAGCUUUCGAGGAUGCGGACCUCAGCUUAGUCGUUCCCUCAGCUCUCUUUGCGGCCGUGGGGACAGCCGGCCAGAGGUGUACCACCGCGAGGCGCCUGUUUUUACAUGAAAGCAUCCACGAUGAAGUCGUUAAUAGACUUACAAAGGCCUAUGCUCAGAUCCGUGUUGGGAACCCAUGGGAUGCUAAUGUUCUCUAUGGGCCACUCCACACCAAACAGGCAGUGAGCAUGUUUCUUGGAGCAGUGGAGGAAGCAAAGAAGGAAGGUGGCACAGUGGUCUAUGGUGGCAAGGUUAUGGAUCGCCCUGGAAAUUAUGUAGAACCGACAAUUGUAACAGGUCUUGACCACAGUGCAUCCAUUGUACACACAGAGACAUUUGCCCCAAUUCUCUAUGUCUUUAAAUUCAAGAAUGAAGACGAGGUCUUUGCAUGGAAUAAUGAAGUAAAACAGGGACUUUCAAGUAGCAUCUUUACCAAGGAUUUGGGCAGAAUCUUCCGCUGGCUUGGACCAAAAGGAUCCGACUGUGGCAUCGUAAACGUCAACAUUCCAACGAGUGGGGCUGAGAUUGGAGGUGCCUUUGGAGGAGAAAAGCACACUGGCGGCGGCAGGGAGUCUGGCAGUGAUGCCUGGAAACAGUACAUGAGAAGAUCUACUUGUACCAUCAACUACAGUAAGGACCUUCCUCUGGCCCAAGGAAUCAAGUUUCAGUAAAAGUGCUUUAUGCCGACCUUUCAAGUCUUUCAGGCAUUGUUGCAACUCUUCUGAAGAAGAAGGCAAUGAAAGUUAAGAAGUGCCUUGAAUAAAUGCAUCAUUUUGAAUGUGACAGUGCCUCCAAGGCCCUAAUCAAGAGACUUUUUUUUUUUUAAUAAAAAUUAGCAUGACAGCCUUAUUUAGUGAAAGAGUAGAUGAAUUUUUAUGUUACUAGUAGUUACCAAUUUUUUUUUAAGUUUAGGAUUAUUUUAUAAUUUAGAAGAAAUAAUACUUGCCAUGGUAGGAAUUUGGAAAAAUACAGACCUUAAUAAGGAAGAAAAUAGAAGUCUUGUCAGUGGAUGCAGGAACAUCUCCUGAGCGGGUAAAGAAAUCUGCAUGUAUUGAUUCAGGUCGCCCUCAGCAGGUGUCAAGAAGGUGUGAUUGCAGAGGGGUGUGCCCCCUGCUGGUGGAGGAGCACAGCACAGCAGCCCUGUGCAGUGACACCAAGGGCAUUCAGCACCAUCACCGCUUCUUGCUCAGGAUAGCUGGUCACCACAGAAGAAAUACGUAGUGUGGACAGACAUUUCACUCCUGCCCUAGAACCUGGAACUGCUGACGACAUGGAAUUCCAUGCAAAGUGCAUCUGGAUUUCUUAUGCAACCUCUGACCGUUUUCUGUAGCUGUCAGACUUCUGGGAUUGCCCUUAGGUUUGUUCUAGGAGAAUAACUACGUGUGGCAGCACGUGUUGGCGCUGAACUCAGCACAGCUCACUUUCUCUGUGCUCAGAGUCAGCUUCCUUCUCUUGAGAAGCUGCUCAGGAGCCCCUGGAGUCGUUCAGCCUGGGGCCCUUUUGAGCCCACGCUGGCUCCUGUAGUUCUAUCUUCCUAGCAGUCUCUGCUUCCCUAAUGGGUAGCAGCCAGCACCUCCUUGAUUUCUGCCAGAUUGGAUUGGGCAGAAGCCUUCAAAGACAAUGACAUUUGUCCAGGACCUAAUGUGUCAGGAUGUAUGGAGAGAGUUAGACAACUGGCAGAGAGUUUGGAGUUGAGUUAUGGCGGAGAAGCAAGCAGAUGAAAAAAACAAAGCCAUUAUAAAUUUAUCAGGAAAGCAAGGGUAUUGAUUACAUGUUCCAUGGCCCCAUGGGGACUAGCAUUCACCGAGGUGUGCCUUGUCAGCCUGGAAUAUUAAGCCAGACGUGGACAAUAGGUGUUUGGAAAGCAUGUUGGCAGGAAAAAUUCAGGGUUUGAGGGUAGGUUAGAAAGGCAGGCAGUUUAUAUUUGGUAGUGGAAAAUCAGUAAUGCCUAAAAUUACAAAAGCAGGAAAUCACAAUAUAGGCUUAAAAAGAGAGGUAUAUCCUAUCGUUGUUUCUAUCAAUGAAAAAUCAUUGUUUCAGGAGAGCAAAAGAGAAAAGAUUGCUUUUUUUCCAUAACAAGUCUUGUAGAGCUUUUGACUUUAUAUCAAGAAAUUGUGUAACUUUUGAUUAAAAAUUAAAACCAACAACAACAAAAAAAGUCAGAAUCAGAUGCUUGUUAUCCAUUUCAUGGUCCUCGCCCACCCUGCCCCAGGUGCAUGAUGCCACCUCCCUGUUACUGAACAAGGAACCCUUUUUAAAUGUCUCAUGAAAUGAUUAUGCUGAAACCAACUUCCUUAUCUUGAAGUUCAAAGUGGAUUACCUCAUACUGAUACAUAAUAUAUGUUUUCUUUUUUGGCCUGUGGCAUACAGAAUUUCUCAGGUCAGUAAUUGAACUCAUGCCAAAGCAGUGACCUAAGCCACUGGAUCCUUAACCUACUGUGCUGCAAGAGAACUCGUGAUACGUAGAUACUUUUCUCUUUUAGCUGCCCUGUGGCGCAUGGAGUUAAGAUCUGAGCUGUAGUAGUGACCUAUGCUGUAGCUUCAGCGUGCUGGAUCCUUUAACCUGUUGUGUUGGGCCAGGGAUGGAACCUGCAUCCCAGCACUGCAGAGACGCUGCUGACCCCAUUGUACCACAGUGGGAACUUCUUAAUAAUUUUUUUUCUUUUUUUUUUUUUGCUUUUUAGGGCCGCACCCAUGACAUUUGGAAGUCACCAGGGGUCAACUCAGCUGCAGCUGCUGGCCUAUGCCACAGCCACAGCAACACCAGAUCCAAGCUGAGUCUGCAACCUAUACCACAGCUCUUGGCAACGCCGAAUCCAAAACCUACUGAGCAAGACCAGGGAUUGAACCCACAUCCUCAUGGAUACUAGUUGGGUUCAUUACCCCUGAGCUACAACGGAAACUCCCCAAACAUUUGAACAUAAGCAGUUGCUCAAGAAAAUCAUGCAGUUUGGGCAUUUGCUUAAAAAACCUUACUAUGGUUUUUCUUUAUAAGUCGCAAUGUUAGGUAUUGUAGCCCAGUCUUUAGAGUGUGUAAUGUGGUCUCAAGAAAAUAAAGCCCUAUUUAAAAUAUUUUUGGGAACCAUUUACAAUUGGCUGUUUUCAUUUUGUGAAAUAAUUGUGUAUGAUUUUGAUGGAAAUACUUUUAUAUCCUGUUUUUUUCCAAGGAUACUAUUUUUAAACCAGUAUUCAGUGUUAAACAGAAGCAGUGUUAAUGUUUUAGCUUUAAAAUUUUUAUGUUUGUGAUUUUUCUCCAAUUAGGGAUAUUUAGAGGGGCUCUCCAUUCCUGUAUACAUACUAAAGCCGUGCCAUGGUAGCCAAUUUGGAAUAAUAAUCUCCAGUAUACUGUUGAGAGGGGUACUGCCAGCUCUGACCUUAGGUAUAGAAAUCAAGUUAAACUGACGCUGAAAGCUUUCCUGUAAACUAAUUCACAAAUU